AUUGUGCUCAACGUCACACAAUGUGGCACGCAUUGUACAAAUCCGUUCUUCCCCGCUACAUAUAUAACGCACUCCUCCGGAUCUUUGCCGAGAAUCUCUGGUUGGACAUAUCGAACUAACAUUCAGUGGGCAUUGCGAUUGAUAAUGUCACAAUCAAUCGUGAUUGUCACGGUAACGGAUUACACUUUCGUUGUACCUCCGACAGCUACUUCAGCAACAAACACAUCAUCUGUAACCACAUCGAUAGGAACAACCAUUUCUUCAUUGUCAACAUUAUCUUCAUCCUUUACGACAUCUUCCCAGCCCUCGACUUCCAGCGAGCCAAUUCCCCCUGCUCCAGUUGCGGAUCCCCACGCCGAACCCCCUAACAAUACCAUCGUCUACCUCUUCCUCACAUUCGUGGUUUUGUCAAUACUCUUUUUAAUCGGUCUCUUCGGCUUGGUAUGCUUUCAAAACCAUCGCGGGCGAUGUCCGAGCUGCAAAUCGCUAGAAGAUAAAAUCCGCCGACUGGAGACCAACAUCGCGAAGAACGCCAUCGUCACUGACCGUGCGAAUGUCGCUAAACCACUCUCUUGUCGCAUCCGUUCGAGUGUUUUCAGACAUCGCAAAACCGCGCUGGCGGAUCUCGAAAAAGGGCCUGACACUACCUCAGGUCCACAAUUGUCGCGGGCGGAGAUGUCGAAGACGCUCUGGCCGAACGGACUAAUGACUUCGACUCCUCGUGAUACGAUGGAGUCGCAGAAUGGGGUCAAUGAGGACGACCAAGCCGAACCCUUGACGCCCUGGCCCCGGGGGAUAUCGUUCAAACCGUGGCAAAAAUCAACAACUGCGAGACAAGCUCAUGUAGGUACCGAUCGGUCCAAUCCUUACGGGUAUUGGCGUGAAACUACAGAAAUGCCUCAGCGUUUUGUCAAUAAUAGUUACGGGCGUGUUUCUCAUUGUGCACCAUACGAGGAGGUGGCGUUUGCUGCAGCGCGAUUGCAUGGUACUCCUCUUGCAGAGUCAAGUGAUGAGAAUAAGGACGAUGCUGUAAAAUAUGUAAAAAGGAAUUAAUAAGAAACAUUUUAUUUUUAAUAUCGCGAUCCAAUGAUGUAACACUCAAGUGAUGGCGGAGUGCUUCAACUCCAUAGCUCCAGAAUAAUUUC